CUCAGCUAAGGGUCAGCAUCUUAUCCCCACUUUCUGGCCUCCCCACCAUGAGCCGCCAAUUCACCUACAAGUCGGGAGCUGCUGCCAAGGGGGGCUUCAGCGGCUGCUCCGCUGUGCUCUCAGGGGGCAGCUCAUCCUCCUACCGAGCAGCGGGCAAAGGGCUCAGUGGAGGCUUCAGCAGUCGGAGCCUUUACAGCCUGGGGGGUGCCCGGAGCAUCUCUUUCCAUGUGGCCAGUGGCAGUGGGUGGGCAGGAGGCUAUGGAUUUGGCCGGGGCCGGGCCAGUGGCUUUGCUGGCAGCAUGUUUGGCAGUGUGGCCUUGGGAUCUGUGUGUCCGUCGUUGUGCCCGCCCGGGGGUAUCCAUCAGGUCACCAUUAACAAGAGCCUCCUGGCACCCCUGAACGUGGAGCUGGACCCUGAAAUCCAGAAAGUGCGUGCCCAGGAGCGGGAGCAGAUCAAGGUGUUGAACAACAAGUUUGCCUCCUUCAUUGACAAGGUGCGGUUCCUGGAGCAGCAGAACCAGGUGCUGGAGACCAAGUGGGAGCUGCUACAGCAGCUGGACCUGAACAACUGCAAGAAUAACCUGGAGCCCAUCCUUGAGGGCUACAUCAGCAACCUGCGGAAGCAGCUGGAGACGCUGUCCGGGGACAGGGUGAGGCUGCACUCGGAGCUGAGGAGCGUGCGCGAAGUGGUGGAGGACUACAAGAAGAGGUAUGAAGAAGAAAUAAACAAGCGCACAACUGCUGAGAAUGAAUUUGUGGUGCUUAAGAAGGACGUGGACGCAGCUUACAUGAGCAAAGUGGAGCUGCAGGCCAAGGUGGAUGCCCUGGAUGGAGAAAUCAAGUUCUUCAAGUGUCUGUACGAGGGGGAGAUUGCUCAGAUCCAGUCCCACAUCAGCGACACGUCCAUCAUCCUGUCCAUGGACAACAACCGGAACCUGGACCUGGACAGCAUCAUUGCUGAGGUCCGUGCCCAGUAUGAGGAGAUCGCCCGGAAGAGCAAGGCCGAGGCCGAGGCCCUGUACCAGACCAAGUUCCAGGAGCUGCAGCUAGCAGCCGGCCGGCAUGGGGAUGACCUGAAGCACACCAAAAAUGAGAUCUCAGAGCUGACCCGUCUCAUCCAAAGACUGCGCUCGGAGAUUGAGAGUGUGAAGAAGCAGUGUGCCAACCUGGAGACGGCCAUCGCUGACGCCGAGCAGCGGGGGGACUGUGCCCUCAAGGACGCCAGGGCCAAGCUGGAUGAGCUGGAGGGCGCCCUGCAGCAGGCCAAGGAGGAGCUGGCACGGAUGCUGCGCGAGUACCAAGAGCUUUUGAGCGUGAAGCUGUCCCUGGAUAUUGAGAUCGCCACCUACCGCAAGCUGCUGGAGGGCGAGGAGUGCAGGAUGUCCGGAGAAUAUACCAACUCCGUGAGCAUUUCGGUCAUCAACAGCUCCAUGGCCGGGAUGGCAGGCACAGGGGCUGGCUUUGGAUUCAGCAAUGCUGGCACCUAUGGCUACUGGCCCAGCUCUGUCAGCGGGGGCUACAGCAUGCUGCCUGGGGGCUGUGUCACUGGCAGUGGGAACUGCAGCCCCCGUGGGGAAGCCAGGACCAGGCUGGGGAGUGCAAGUGAAUUCAGGGACUCCCAGGGAAAGACCUUAGCUCUAAGCUCACCCACCAAAAAAACCAUGAGAUAAAAGUGCAAUGCAGCCCAUUUCCCAGUAGUCUGCCUUGCCCUGGCAGACUGCUCCGGACUCUUCUAGGAAAUUCCUCUGUCUCAUUUGUCCUCAUCUCCUUCUUGCUUUGCUUUGCUGUGGACCUCUCCUCCUUCUCCUUGACCUCUCUGCCUCAGUCUUUGUUAAUGUUGAAUCAGGAUUUGAGAGCUGGAGCCCAUCUUUCUGCCUCCAUUCAAAGAGGCCUUUUAACUCAGCCUCCCCUUCUGGAAGAAGACUUGGCCUUUUCUCUGCCUGCAUGUCCCUGUGCAGAGGAAGGCUGUCUCUCAAGGGUAACCCCAAUCUGCCUGCGCUGCUCUUUCGUACCCUGUCUCAGUAACUAUUUGGCCAUGUGCUCCCUGGGUACACAAGUUUUCAGAUCUACUGAUAGACCUGCAGGAACUCUCUCAUGUUAGAGCAAUACUGGCUCAGGCAAAACACCUGGUGGGAAGUUAUAUCUUGUAUAGCCACUGCAUAUUACAUAGCCAGGAGUACCCCUUGAGGCUAAUUCUACCAACCAAGGGAUUUGUGCUCUUCAUCUGUGGGUACUUGUCCUUGUUUAGGCCUCACCUCCCUGCUCCUGUGUCUUACCAAUAAACUUAUAAAGCCCACGUGGGGUCAGGCUGAUUCUCUCUCCUAAGGGAGUCCUCAUCUCAGUCCAUGUGUCUUCUGCCUGUGGAGUGGUCAAUGAAUGGGAGCCUGGGGCACCUGAAGUCUGGAAGGAUCUUUUGAUCUGAGUGAAAGGGACCCUACUCAGCCUGGGUGAUCUCACCAUCACCUUCUAAGUCUUGCUUUUCUCAGGCCAAUUCUCCAGUGAAUGGGGGAUCUCUAAGAACAUUUGGGUUAUUGGCAGGGAGAAGGAGCCCACACAUGCCUGGUGUCAAGAUUUAAAACUGGUCAAGAGGCAGCAGAAGGCCAGUUCUAGGUAGCCUAGGUCGAAUUAUGAUGGCUCCAUGUCCCCUAAGAAAAGGCCCAAAGGUAGAGACUCCUUUUUGAAGUAAUGACACGUGUUCUUUUGGCCUUUAGUAAAGUUCCCACUGAGUUGAGCACGGGUGUUUAUGUAUAUGUGUAUAUGUAUGAGUUUGUUUAUGUAUGUAUGAAUAUGUGUGUGCAUAUGUGUAUAUGUUUAAGAAUGGGGCUCUCUGUUACACACACAAUUGCAGAUUCUUUUCAUAAAACUGUGGGGCCCAGUGUAACAAGCCUGUCAGUCCCAGGUUGACAGGACUCCACCUGGAUGUGGCUGGGUCUCUGCUCUAGGAGGAGACGGAGCAGGACAGAGGAGGGCUCAACCACUGUGAGCGUGGGAGACGUGAAGUGAGGCCCAGGGAGGAACUCGGGGGGAAAUGUUUGUUUUGAAAAUGCUCAGAGAUUUCUCAUAGAUCCCCAGGCCAUGAUGAUGCCAUCAGGAUGCAACAGGAUGAAAAAGCGAGUGAGAGGCUAGCACACAUUCAGGUUGGGGCCACCACGUUGCAUCUGAACAGGUCCCUGUGGUUCCUGGGAGGGUCCUAGACUUCAAGUCAAUAGCUUUGAAUUCAGAUUUAGACUCUGAAACUAAGUGGCAAUAAUGAACAAAGUUCUCAAUCUUCUUGAACCUCAUUUCGUUAGCUAUAAAACAGGAAGACUAAUGCCCCUAAAUUGUUGUUAAGCUAAAAUGAGACAAAACGAGGAUGUCUUGUGCAAUUACUGGCACAAAAUUGAUAAUAAAUGUUAGUGG